AACCAUCUUCACCUGCUUCGAGUGGGCCAACGGAAACCACUGCAAAGCCUUCAACUCCAUCUGAAGCGGCAACUACGCCGACAUCCCCUACUCCUUCUGAGCCUGAACAGUCAAGCGAAGCAUCACAAACCACGCCCAGCUCUUCAACAGCUUCAGAACCCGCAGAGUCUAGCGCGCCUACUGAAGCCACUCCCCAACAGGAAAUUUCCAGCCAAUCGCCUGAAACUACCCCGAAAUCUUCAACUGCCCCUGAGGCUGAGGAGUCAAGCAGCCCUACAGAAACCACUCCGAAAUCCCCAUCUUCUGCUGAUGUAGAAACCUCCAGCCAACCGCCCAAAACUACGCCAAGUGAAGCAUCGGAAACUCCUCCAUCUUCUGCAACAGAAGCAACCCCCACCCCAGUGAGUCAGUUACCGGAAACCUCCCCAGAAGCUUCAGUUUCUACCGGCCAAUCACCGGAACCUACUCCUAGUUCCCCAAUUCCCUCGGAAACCUCACCAAAUCCCUCCACUUCACCUGCACUGGAAACCUCGCCAAAACCCUCCGUUCCCUCAGAAGCGCAGUCAAGCGCUCCACUGGAAACCCCUGCUGUUUCUGAGCCGCUGCGAAGCGGGUCAUCAGAAGUCACUCCCCAGGCAUCAGAAGCAACAACACCCUCCCCACGUGGGGAGAGUGGGUUGCCCCCUGAGUCGUGCGAACCGUCUUCGACUCACUGUGGGCAACCUACUGAGGUUUCCACGGCCACACCAAAUCCUGCAGGGCCAGAGAAGACUAAUGAGCCUCCCCCAAGUGAACCUGGAGCUGAUGGGGAUAGUGAGUGUCUUCCAGACGCCCCAAAAGGGGCUGCAUGCAGCCCACCAACUUCUCCUCAGGAGCCUACGCAAUCGCCUCCAUGUGGGGAGCAAAACCAACCAUGCCCAGAGCCUACAAAGGCGCCAAAAUGCGAUUCAGCUCUUGGAGCCUGCCCGCCUCAGAACAAGCCCCAACUGGAGCGCAACACUCAGAAGCCGCCAACACUGGGGAGUCGCUUCAAGGAGACCACCUCAGGUCCAGACGACAGGGAGCCGCUUUCUGAACCUCCGCCUCCUGCUCCAGGUACUUACAAUGUGAAAGAUUGUGUGGCUCGGCACAAGUUCGGGAUGUACGCGCACCCCACUGAUCCCAGCAAGUUCUACAUGUGUUCCAAGUCGAAGCUUUUGCAGAUGAGCUGUCGCGAGGGCUUGGAGUUUGAUCCAGCGGCGUUUGGAUGCAACCGCCCCAAAUCGACUCCACCUCCUCCUCCUCCAGAGCUGAAUCUUCACGAGUGCCUCACUCAGUACAAGCGGGGGCUGUUUCCUCAUAGGGCGGACUGUUCCAGGUUUUUCGCCUGUUCCAGGCGAGGCCCCAUUGAGAUGGUUUGCCCUGGCGGGCUCCAUUUCAACCCAAUAAAACUGGUUUGCGACUGGCCCUCCAAGUUUUGCGUGAGUCCCGGCGCGAAGACUCGCGAUAAGAUUUUCCAGGCCAUGAAAUCGGAUAAAAUCGCCCCGGACGUAGUGGACAGAUGUCCGGAAAAGCUGGCCGAAGUGGCGUUUCCAAGUGGCGGGCAGGUGGACCUGGGCAAGGAGUUGACGCCCUCGCAAACCCUCACGCCUCCCAGCAUCUACUGGGAGGCGGACAAAAAGUCCCUCUACACGCUCUGUAUGGUGGAUCCAGACGCGCCCCGCACCAAGGAGUCGAACAAGCCGAACCAAUGGAACCACUGGACAGUGGGGAACAUUCCGGGCAAUCAGAUCGCUCGCGGACAGCCAUUGGUCGAGUAUCUCCCUCCUUGUCCGGCAAAGAACAGCCCGCCCCACCGCUACACCUACAUGGUCUACAAACAGCCCGCUAGGAUCAACUUUAAGGAACCGCGGGUUGCAGCCAACUCGUUCCAGCAUAGGGAUGGGUUCUCCUUGAGGAGCUUCGCGCAGAAGUAUCAGCUGGGCAACCCGAUUGCUGGCAAUUUCUUUAAGUGCCGAUGGGACCGAUCAGUCCCAAUGAUCUUCCAGAGGCUCCAAGUCCAGCCGCCUCCCUUUAGGAUGGUGAUUCGUCCGGGCGUCAGCCAAUCAAACGUGCACUCUUACUCCUAUUCGUUUAGUUUUAGAAAUUAAGUUUUCGUGUUGGUGCGAGUAAACAAUAAACCGCUUUUUCAGGUU